UGGCGCCAAAAGAGUUUAAAGUAGGAGCUUAUUUUUGUUGUGAGGUUGCAGAACCCUCGCACAAGAGGGAGAACAUGAGCGGGCAAGAGGGGAAGCAAAUGGGCAGGCGACUGGGUUUUUCCGGCAGAACGUCUCGAAACUAGCUUGCAACAUUUCAUUCCAUGAAAAUGAAGCACAUAUAUAUAUUUUUUCUUCUCCCCUACUGGAUCUGAAAACACACUCACGUGACAAAUCGGGACCUGGGGGAUAUAUCACAUUGGACUAUUUUCAAAUGCGACAUGGCUUUGAAAAUGAGAUUUGUUAGCUUACCUUGCUAUACCCGGCAUAGCUUUAGCUUACAUUAGAACUGACUUGCUGGCUGCAGCUCGAGGCUAUCUUGCAAGCCGUUAGACAAUUUGGAUUUACGAAUGAUACUCCUAAAGUCUGCUAAAGGUAGCUAACAGUUAGCUACAUUUAACUGUAUUUAGCUGAUAACUGCGAAGGCGGCCAUCGCAGUUUUGUGUAAUAAUGUUAUGCUGCCGGAUAGACUUUAUAAUGGAUUAAAUUAGUAAAUUGCUACUUUUUAUUUGGACUCUCUUGGGAGAGCAUCUGAUCGACGUGCUGUCACCACAGCCUCGCAGGCACGUCCUGUCACCAACGUGGAUAGUCGGUGGGCUAACGUUAACUAGCUAACUAGCUAGGGUAGUUGCACUGGAAUUUGACCACCGUGAAAUUCACUGUCACUACAUGUGGUUAACUUCAAAUGAUUUCGUGAUUUCUCAUCGUCCAGAGUCGAGGACGUUUUCGCCAUCGGAAGCUGACUGCAAUCAAGGUAAAAAGAUGGAGAGUGAGAAGAAGAGAAGAAAAUACUCCACCAGCAGCAAUGACUCGGACACCACUGACAGUCAAGUGACCUCCUGGUCCAGGUCCUCCAAGAACACUGGGACCAGCAGCACCUGGGUCAGACAGGAGCACAAGAAACCGUCUGAGGUGUUCCGGACGGACUUCAUCACGGCCAUGAAGCUGCCAGACUCGGCCCAGCUGGGCCCUGAUGACUUUUACGUGCUGUCUGACCCCUGGAGACAGGAGUGGGAGAAGGGGGUCCAGGUCCCCGCCAGCGUAGACGCCAUCCCAGAACCUGUCGUCAGGAUGCUACCGGAGGUGGGGCGUAUCCCCUUCUACUGGCCUGUGCAGGGCCAAGGCCGGGGGUGUGUGCUGGGCCUGGGGCUGAGCCAGAGGGACAUGAAGACCACCGAUGAGCCCCACAGUCGCUAUGACCUGGAUGACAUGGACGUGUCCUGGCUGGAGCUGGUCAACCAGGAGUUCAGGGAACUGGCGCUGCCGGAGCUGGACGAGCUGACCAUGGAGCGUGUUCUGGUGGAGCUGGAGAGCCAGUGUGAGGAGAACAUGCAGCAGGCCAUAGAGACGGAGGAGGGUCUGGGCAUCGAGUACGAUGAGGACGUGGUGUGCGACGUGUGCCGGUCCCCCGAAGGAGAAGACGGCAACGAGAUGGUCUUCUGUGACAAGUGCAACAUCUGCGUACAUCAGGCGUGUUAUGGGAUCCUGAAGGUCCCACAGGGGAACUGGCUGUGCCGAACCUGCGCCCUGGGGGUGCAAGCCAAAUGUCUGCUGUGCCCCAAGAGAGGCGGAGCCCUGAAGCCCACCCGCAGUGGAACCAAGUGGGUCCACGUCAGCUGUGCCUUAUGGAUCCCCGAGGUGAGUAUAGGCUGCCCGGAGAAGAUGGAGCCCAUUACCAAGGUGUCCCACAUCCCCUCCAGCCGCUGGGCCCUGUUCUGCAGCCUGUGUCGAGAACACACAGGCACCUGCAUACAGUGCUCCAUGCCGUCCUGCAUUGUGGCCUUCCAUGUGACCUGCGCCUUUGACCAUGGCCUUGAGAUGCGCACCAUCCUGGCAGAGAACGAUGAAGUGCGCUUCAAAUCCUACUGCCUGGAGCACAGUAGCACUACCGCCCCCGGCAACAGUAACAACGCCAUGGCCGGCAACAGUAACCACACCAACAGCGCUGGUGCCAGCAGCAAACCAGACUGGGCUGGACACGGCAACGACCACAGAGCCUCCGUAACUGCGCCGGACCACCACCAAGCGACCAGCGAGCGGCCGCCGGCAGAGCGUCCAGACCGGGACCAGAUAGAGCGGGAGAAGGCUAGCCAGCGCAAACAGAAGCUACAGGAGCUGGAGGACGAGUUCUACCGCCUGGUGGACCCCAAAGACGUGGCGGAGAGCCUGGGCCUGCCGGACGCCCACGUGGAUUUUCUGUACCAGUUCUGGAAGCUGAGGAGGAAGUCCAACUUCAACCGUCCUCUGGUGACGUUGAAGAGAGACGAGGUCGAUAACCUGGCGCAGCAGGAGCAGGACGUGCUGUACCGACGCCUCAAACUGUUCACACACCUACGCCAGGACCUAGAGAGGGUGAGGAACCUGUGCUACAUGGUCACGCGGCGGGAGAAGAUGAAGAGUUCCCUGUGUGACCUCCAGGAGAAGAUUUUCCACCUGCAGAUCCAGCUGCUGGAGGAGGACCUAGCUGGAGAGAAAACCAUGAAGGGCCAUAAGGGGAGACAGAACGGGGUGAAGGAGAAGGGGAAGGAGCGGAGGAAAAGCAGUCCGGAGAAGAAGAAAGAGAGGUGGAAGCCUGACAACGGCUCCCUCCUCAAACAGCUAGGUUUCCCCAAGACCUUCCCUCUGGACAACUCGCUGUUUGACAGCUGGCUGGCCCAGUCGGUGCAGAUCACGGCUGACGACAUGCUGAGCCAGUGGGCCCUGGACGCCGGGCAGCACCGUGACAAGACGGCCAGCUUGCUGUCUGACCAGCUGCUGCAGGGAGAGGAGAGCCUGCUCAGCCUUAUGAUGGACCACUCCAUGAAGUCCACCUGGAAAACCCCUCAGCUGGGCCGCAAGACCCGGGGCAAGCCCAGAGCCCGGGCCCAACACUCCCCCGCCGCAGCAACCACCCCGCCUUCUGCCACCGCUGUCAGUCCCACUGCUGCUGCCACCGCCUCCUCCACAGCCACAGCCAAGGGGACUCUGCCGGCAGAUGACAGGCCAGGCCACGGGGCCCGUAGAGGGGAGAGGUCCCGGGGCUCCAAGGCCCUCCACCACCACCACCACCACCCCCAGACCAGGAGCACUGAGGCACCACUGGACCCGCCGCCGCAGCCGCCCACCUCCAAAAUGGACUCCUGUCACAUCUCGGAGGAGCGCGGCCCCUGGGACAACCUCACUGGUACAGGGGCAGCGUCCGCCCCCACGCCGCCCCCUCUGGCCUCCUGCUCCCCCCCACAGCCCUGCAUUAGUCCCGGGACAGUGCCUGAGGGGAGGUCAGGGGGGGGUCUCGGUCACCGCACGGCCCUGCGCCUCCGUCUGCCCCGGCAGGGUAAGUCCCGGGGGAAGGGCGGGGGUGGAGGGGGGAAGGAGGUGGCAGAGCGUCCCCUGGAUAGGGAGAGAGAGAGAGACCCCCACCCAGUGAAGGAGACGUCGUCGCUGCUGGACCCCGAGACGGAUGGCUACUUCUCUGACGCCGAGCAGAGCGACUCGGACACGCACUCCAGCGGCCGCAAGCUCCGCCUGGCCCAGUUGCAUUCUGGGAGCGAGGACCUGCUGAGGAGGAGCGUGCUAGCGUUGUAGAAAAAAAACUGAGACGCUCUCUCACACACAAACACACACACACACACACACACACCAUCGUCCAGAAGACACAGUGAUUUCUCAGACUGACCGGAGCGCCAUCCCAGCUCCCGCUACCAUGGCUACUGUCUGUCUGUCUGUCCGUCUGUCCGUCUGUGCUUUUGAUAUUAUACAUGCCGUUCUUUUCUCUCUAGAUCGCUUUAAUGAACCAAAUCUCUGUACUUCACUAGUCCUAAAUCAGUCUCUCUGCUCUGUUCUGGGGAUUUGAACGUAGCUGUUAGUCAGAUAGCUACAUACACAACGAGACCCUAGAUGUUAGUAGUGCUUGUUAAAGUAACAAAUGCUGUAUGAUGACGUAAGAAGACAAAGAGGAAAUGGAUUUUGGACAAUGUUACAUUUGAGGUUUUAUUUUGAAGUAUAGCAUGGCGGUGACCCAUGUCAUCAACCCUUCCUAGUGGUGUGGUCAGUGGUGACUAGCCGCUAGCAUUGGGGCGAAUACUUUGUGGGCAUUAUAAGCUGGUUCAGACGAAUCUCUUCCUUUCUCUUGACGUAAGAUGGAUCCCGCGAGGCGAUUCCUGGGAUCUGAUGUUUUUAAAAAGCCUUUCAGUUCAGCAUCAUUCUGAGAAAUGUACAGAAAAUAUCAAACGAAUAUUAGCCUUUUAAAAGCACAAAUAGCUAACGGGAACUGUAACACAAACAUUGCGGCAUAAACACGCACACUCUUUCAGACAUGCACACCAGACACAUUACACAAACAUUACACACACACACACAUACUCACACAUACUCUAAACGACUCUGUCUGCAUCCAGCCGUUGUAGAAACACACUGGUUGAUAAUUACGUCAGCUCUUCACUGACUCCUCCCUCAUCUUCCGUUUGGGCCUGAAUCAUUGGAGAAACAGUAUUUUAUCGUGUGCCUUCUGUCGCUCCCCCAAAAUAAGUUUAUCAAUCACUUCUAUGAUCAGAUUUGUUACAAUCAAAAAAGGAACAUCUGUUGUAUUGGCCAUCAAGCGUACUGAAACAGAGGGCUUCUCAGACCUUAAUUGUAGUGCCUAAAAAAGAUAUGUAAAUGCAGCUUUUGCCAUUUAAUCAACCCAACCGCAAAGCCACACAGUUCUACCAUAUUUGUGCAAAGUGCUGCCCCAACAAAGCAACUUCUGGAGUCGUUGUUGCUCCAGUCAGACGAAUCGUAUAUAGUCAGCUACAGCACAGAGUUCUGGAUUCUGACUACUUUUUUGAGUUCUUUGUAAAUUUAUGUUUUUGUUUUUUGUUUUCGUCUCAGAGAGUUGUAUUUUGUACUAAAAGCGGUCCACAGUAUUUUCUCAGGGUUUAAAAAAAAUAUAUACAAAAAAAAAAUGUUUUUGAAGGCGACUAAGAAGGGUUGAAAAUGUAUUGAAAUCAAAGUUAAUCCGUAAAUAUAUAAUACCAUAUACAGCCUUUUCUACAUAUGAUGGGUAUGUAUAGAAAAGGUUCCUUUGGCAAUGCUCACUGUUUAAACUCUGACUACUACUGUGCUGAGAGCUUUUCUCAUGUCUCAGUCAGUACACUACUACUACCCACCUGGCUGUCUCCUGAGUUGAUAAUGCCAAAGAACAGUGUGUAUAACAGACAGGGCACCAUGCACUUACUCUGUCUGCCUCCCAAAAUGGCACCCUAUUCCCUGCUUAGUGCAUAAGGUGCCAUUUGUGACGCAGCCUCACUUGGGAGUUGUGCAUUGCUCAGGCCUGCGCUGGCAUGGUGUGACUCGGCCUUUUUAAAGGGGGGGGGGCGGCGUCCUGACACCCACCACCACUAUUCCACCUUGGACUCUCCCAUUCCCUGCUCCCACAGGUGUGUUACUUACUGGCCCUCUGUGCCACUGACCUACUCUGGAUGGAGUGGCCUACCCCCCCCAACCUGGAGAGAGUUGAAUGCUGCUGAACCGUGUGUGGAUGGGCGGCUGAUGGCUGAGCCCGCUGACAACCCCCAGCGCUGGUAUAACAGGGUCGUAAUGUAGACUCGUUUUGUAUGUUUGUUUUCCUGUCCCAGAGGGGACACAAGGAUUCAGGAUGAAACUUCCUAAAGCAGCGUAUUGGUCAGGUGACACUGUCUGUCUACAGCCAGUCUGGCUCCUUCCUUUCCAUCCACCGUAACCCUUGGAGGCAGACCAUUACAACCAUAGAAACAGAAUGAGUAGCACAUUCUAUUCAUUCGUAUUCUACAAUCACAUCAUAAUACCAUAAGAGCAACAAUGCUCAUCGUUGUCUGCAGAUAGGUCGUCGGGGUGGGUGAGUGGGGUUUAGCACUGUAGCAAACCCACAGAAUCCACCCCACCACCUAACCGUUUACGUGUUGCUAAGACAAUGAAAUGGAAACUUGGUUUCAAUAUUCAAUAGAUACACAGAUUUAGACUAGGCUGUGUUUUAGAUGGGACCCUUCAUAUACGGCCCCCAACGUAGUAGAAAACAGGUUGUUAUUAUUAUUAUUGGAGAGGGGCGUCUACGCCCUCUUCCUCCGCUUCUUUUCAGAAACCGUAGGCUGGAGUUCUAGUGAGGUGGUGAGGUAUUUCGGUCCAGCAGGCAGCAGGUGACAGCACUUUUCAUGCAGACGUAUGGAUGGAUGGUAUUAUCCUACAGAGUGUGGAUGGAUGGUAUUAUCCUACAGAGUGUGGAUGGAUGGUAUUAUCCUACAGAGUGUGGAUGGAUGGUAUUAUCCUACAGAGUGUGGAUGGAUGGUAUUAUCCUACAGAGUGUGGAUGGAUGCUAUUAUCCUACAGAGUGUGGAUGGAUGCUAUUAUCCUACAGAGUGUGGAUGGAUGCUAAAUUAUCCUACAGAGUGUGGAUGGAUGGUAAAUUAUCCUACAGAGUGUGGAUGGAUGGUAAAUUAUCCUACAGAGUGUGGAUGGAUGGUAAAUUAUCCUACAGAGUGUGGAUGGAUGGUAAAUUAUCCUACAGAGUGUGGAUGGAUGGUAAAUUAUCCUACAGAGUGUGGAUGGAUGGUAAUUAUCCUACAGAGUGUGGAUGGAUGGUAUUAUUAUUAUCCUCCCCAAGCAGGGUUUCUUUGCCCCAUUCCCGAUGACCCACCUGGUUUGCAUGUUUUAUUCCAGCCCUACAAUAACGGCCAUUAUUCUGCUAAUCAAAUUGAUGAUCAGUUGAAUAGGUUGCGUUAGUGCUGGGCUGGAACAAAACGUGCAUGCAGACGGCGGGUUCCCCUGGAAUUGGGUUGAGAAAUGCUGCUUUGGCGUUUGCUGUGGAUGAAUGUCCUCGUGCUGUUCACCGUACCGCCCAGCUGCUGCUGCUGUUGUCUGUAGCGCGACAAAGCCGUCGCCACACUAACAGAACACAACGGCGACGUCAUUGAAAAGGAUCUCCUCCUCUGUGUUAGUUGCUUUAUCCCUUAGGGAACUGGUUCACGGCUGUAGUCGUUUGACUGCCGUUUACUUAUGUUUAUUUUUAUGCACCAACAAUAAUGUAGAAUACUGUACUAGAAACCCUUUUUGUUUCCGUGUUAAAAGCCUUCGCAAGCUGUUUUUGUAACGCUUCAGCCGCGGCUCAUAUAACUAGAAUGCUGACUCAUAAUCAGACCGACUGCUUCCUUACUAGCGCUUCUCCGACCGUCGACUGACUGCUUCCACACUGGGAAGUAAUGGUUCCAAUCCAACACCCGCCCCGCAGACCAGUGCUCUCACUUCCCUCCCCUUCAGUGUUUCCGACGGCCCGCCUCAACUCCUUCAGAGUUUUGAAGCACGGGCGAGUCAAAGGAAGAAGCUUUAAGGACAAAUAAUGACGUACAUGUGUUGUGUAAUGGAGAGAGCGUUUGUCACUGCUGCCGCUCUGGGCAGAAGAGGGAGAGAGGGAAACACUGGUGGAGGGAGAGAGAGAGAGAGGACAGUUUGUUCUUUCCUCUUAGUGUUGGCACCCUGUCCACAGUGAACUUAACAGACAGGGAAUCUAAACAACAACCCUCCCUCUCUCUGUCCCUCCCUCCCUCUCGGUCUUCCCCCCUCUCUGUCCUUCCCUCUCUCUCUCUGUCCUUCCCUCUCUCUCUCUGUCCUUCCCUCUCUCUCUCUGUCCUUCCCUCUCUCUCUGUCCUUCCCUCUCUCUCUGUCCUGACAUCUCUCUCUGUCCUGACAUCUCUCUGUCCUGACUCUCUCUCUCUCUCUCUCUCUGUCCUGACCCCUCUCUCCCUCUCUCUCUGUCCUGACCCCUCUCUCUCUCUCUCUCUGUCCUGACCUCUCUCUCUCCCCCUCUCUCUGUCCCCCUCUCUCUGUCCCCCCUCUCUCUGUCUCUCCCCCUCUCUCUCUGUCCUUCCCUCUCUCUCUCUCCCCCUCUCUCUCUGUCCUUCCCUCUCUCUCUCUCCCCCUCUCUCUCUGUCCUUCCCUCUCUCUCUCUCCCCCUCUCUCUCUGUCCUUCCCCCUCUCUCUGUCCUUCCCCCUCUCUCUCUGUCCCUCUCUGUCUUUCCCUCUCUCUGUCCCUCCCUCUCUCUCUGUCCCUCCCUCUCUCUCCGUGUCCCUCUCCCUGUGUCUGUGUCUCCCUCUCUCUGUCCUUCCCUCUCUCUGUCCUUCCCUCUCUCUGUCCUUCCCUCUCUCUGUCCUUCCCUCUCUCUGUCCCUCCCUCUCUCUCCGUGUCCCUCUCCCUGUGUCCCUCUCCCUGUGUCUGUCUCCCUCUCUCUGUCUCCCUCUCUCUGUCUCCCUCUCUCUGUCCCCUCUCUCUGUCCCCCUCUCUCUGUCCCCCUCUCUCUGUCCCCCCUCUCUCUGUCCCUCCCUCUCUCUCUGUGUCUCCCUCUCUCUCUGUGUCUCCCUCUCUCUCUGUGUCUCCCUCUCUCUCUGUGUCUCCCUCUCUCUCUGUGUCUCCCUCUCUCUCUGUGUCUCCCUCUCUGUGUCUCCCUCUCUCUGUGUCUCCCUCUCUCUGUGUCUCCCUCUCUCUGUGUCUCUCUCUGUGUCUCCCUCCCUCUCUGUGUCUAUCUCUGUGUCUCCCUCUCUGUGUCUCCCUCCCUCUCUCUCUCUGUGUCUCCCUCUCUCUGUCUCCCUCUCUCUGUGUCUCCCUCUCUCUGUGUCUCCCUCUCUCUGUGUCUCCCUCUCUCUGUGUCUCCCUCUCUCUGUGUCUCCCUCUCUCUGUGUCUAUCUCUGUCUCCCUCUCUGUGUCUCCCUCCCUCUCUCUGUCUAUCUCUGUCUCCCUCUCUGUGUCUCCCUCCCUCUCUCUCUCUGUGUCUCCCUCCCUCUCUCUCUCUGUGUCUCCCUCCCUCUCUCUCUCUGUGUCUCUCUCUCUCUGUGUCUCCCUCUCUCUGUCUCUGUCUCUCUCUGUCUCCCUCUCUGUGUCUCCCUCCCUCUCUCUCUCUGUGUCUCCCUCUCUCUGUGUCUCCCUCCCUCUCUCUCUCUCUGUGUCUCCCUCCCUCUCUCUCUCUGUGUCUCCCUCCCUCUCUCUCUCUCUGUGUCUCCCUCCCUCUCUCUCUCUCUCUGUGUCUCCCUCUCUCCCUCUCUCUGUGUCUCCCUCUCUUUCCGUCGCCCUCUCUCUGUGUCUCCCUUUGUGGGGCUCACAAACAUAAAGAGCAAACACUUCUCUGUUUUCACUGGAGCUGGGAUUAUUUACUUUCUCUGGUUUUGUUUUAUAUGCAGAACCAGAGAGAAGUUGAUUUGAUAGGUGGGAACUGCAUAGCCAGUAGUGAGUGUGUUUGUUUUAGUGGCUGUCCGAGUCAAUGCUUGUGUGUGCGUGCAUGUUUGUCUGUGUCUGUCGAGUCACGAGUGUGUGUGUGUGUGUGUGUGUUGGCUAAUUGAAGUUAAAAUGGUCAGGCCGGCUCCCCAGUGGGCUGAUCAGCGUGCAGCUGAAGCCUGGGAGAGACCUUUUGUUCUCUCACUUCCUCCAUGGAGAACACUCACAGAAACUAACCGCUGCUCUCUGGCAACACAGCGUCUGUAUCUCAAAUGGCAUCCUAUUCCCUAUUAUAGUACCUACGGCCCUGGUCAAAGGUAGUGCACUAUGAAGGGAAAAGGGUGCCAUUUAGGAUGUACUCGAGCUAUUUAUGACCAGCAGGGUCACAGAAUGUGUUCCUCUCAUUAAAUUCAAUAGCAUUUCAAAAUGUUCAAGUUCCACAGUUCAAACAACUUGCUCCCAUGUUUGUUUGCGACUUUCGUUCCGUGACUUGUAUGAAUCCAUUUCCAGGAGAGAAGGUUUAUCCAUGACCAUCGCUGCUUCUCCUAAGGUCGGACUAAUUUACCGGUUGUGUCUCUGCAACAGAGCCGAGCUCUGAUGCUUAGCAGGUUUUGUUUUUUGUAGUUGAUCUGGCAUCACUUUGCUGCCUCCAAAUUCAGGCUACAUCACAAACGGCGCCCACUUCCCUAUAUAGUGCGCUACUUUUGACCAGGGCCCCAUAGGGCUGUGGUCAAAAGUAGUGCACUAUGUAGGGAAUGGGGUGCCUUUUCUGACGUUGACUUACACCGGCACUAAUUGGUCUUUUGACCAAUCACAUCAGAUCUUUUUUCAGAUCUGAUUGGUCAGAAGACCAAUUAGUGAAAAAAAUAUAUCAGAAUCGGGCCUGUAAACGCAGCCAAUAUGCCUGUCCUGUAUCUCCUAAUGGUCACAUGCAUCAUUUUGAUAGGAGUACGUGAUCUCUCUGAUCAAAGCAGACUCUGACAUGGUUCCUCCUCCCUCUACCACGUGGCUGUCUUAUUUGUUCUUAAAAGGCGCUGAAAUCUCUGCUGCCGUAUACAAUUCAAUUCCACACCCAAUUAGGCUCGAUCUGCAUCAGUUCUACAAUACGAUAAUAUGAAUGUUGCAGGAGUUUAUCCUUCUGUAUUCUUUGUUUCAAAGAAUGUUGUGCCAUUUGUUAAUAGCAAAGAGAAAUAUUGAACAUAUAUUAAAAAGAAGAGCUAUUUUAAAUUAUUUUUUGGCUUUUUUUGCAAUAUUUAUUUUCUUGUAUUAGUCUUUGUAGGAAGAAAAACAAAAAAUGUAUUUUUCAUUAGUGCAAAAAACUAUUUUUUUCCUUUUUGUACACUUUCAAUGUUAAGCAAAACGUUAAAAAGCAAUAUGAUGAUGUUCCAUGUGACUGUAUCUGCAUGCUGUUUGUGUUGCCUUGACGACGGCUGCGUCCACUAUGUCCUCCCCUCCUCCCCCCGGCACUAUGGUGUGGUUGACCAGUGUAGUCAAUAAAGCAGUGCUUUCUGUGUA